UAUAGAGAAAUUCUUUAUAGUCAUAAGCAUAAAGAUUCAUUAUUAACUAUUGCUAAAAAUAUUAAGUGCAAUAAAACUAUUGUGUAUGAUACUCUAAAACAGUAUACUGAAACAGGUUCUACAGUACCAAAAAAAUGUCUAGAUUCAAAACCUAUCUUCAAUGAAGCUGCUUUAGAAGAACUCAAACAAAUUUUUUCACAAAAUUACAAUACACAGAUUUGGCAUACCUUGACUGAAGAGUUUGAUAAAUCAUAUCUUGUUUCUAUUCUAGAACUAAUAAUUCCUAUCUGUGGUAGAAUGAAUAGUGAAGCUUAUGUUAAGCUUUUAAGAAGGCAUGCAAUUCUAGUUGUAUGUCAAUUAGUUCCUAAUAGGCAAGGUAUCUUUCAACAAGAUAAUGCAUCUGCUCACACAUGUUUUAAAGUUAAAAAUGUUUUUAAAAAUGCUAAUAUUUCUGUAUUACUAUAG